AUGCCUCCAGAAGAUUCUGGUGUUACAAAGUCUUCCUCCACAAUUGAAGAUUUGGAACAGAUGGACACGGAGAAUCAGUUCUGCAGUCCAACUGAAAUGGAGACAGUUGUCAACAGUGAGAGGGUGGUGUUCAUCACACCAGCGCACAAACCCGUCCACUCCAGCUGUAUGGCUGCUGAUGUCGGAGCUUCUUGUAAGGCGUUUUCUUGCAGCACUUGCAGGAAACAGUUCAGUAAAGGUUGUAAUUUAAUGGAUCACGUGAAGAUCCACACUGGCGAAAGGCCGUACUUGUGCAACACCUGCGGAAAAACCUUUACUACAUUAUCAAAUCUUAAACGGCACAUAACCACGCACACGGGCGAGAAGCCCUACAUCUGCAAAACAUGUGGAAAAAGUUACACAGAUCGUUCCGGCCUGCUGGUUCACUCGAGGACCCACACCGGCGAAAAGCCAUACCUGUGCAACACUUGCAGCAAAACCUUUACUAAAUCAUCACAUCUUAAAAGCCACAUAUACACGCACACGGGCGAGAAGCCCUACAUCUGCAAAAUAUGUGGAAAAAGGUACACAGAACGUUCAACCCUGGUGAUUCACUCGAGGAUCCACACGGGCGAAAGGCCGUACCUGUGCAACACCUGCAGCAAAACCUUUACUCAAUUAUCAUCUCUUAAACAGCACAUAACCACGCACAUGGACCAGAAGCCGUAUUUGUGCAAGACGUGCAACAAAGGUUUUAGCCGCAGAAUUGAUUUGCUGAGUCACAUGAAAAUUCACCCGGAGGAGAAGUCUGGUGACGAAAAUGGUGAACCAGGACCAAACUGUGGCCAGCUGCUGUUGCACACUUCUCCUGAAGCUCAAAACAAAGAUGAGGAAGGGACUGAAAUUUUACGCUCAGACUCCAGUAAAACUGCAGAUCCGGAGCCAAUGGGACGACACGGUGACCACGAAUAUGCUGCUGUCCCGUCAGACAGCAACUGUAAAUCAAAGCUGACCAGGACCCACACGGGGAAGAAGGCGUUUUCUUGCAGAACCUGCAGGAAAGAGUUCAGUAAAAGUAGUAUUUUAAUGGAUCACAUGAAGAUCCACAAUGGCGAAAGGCUAUACCUGUGCAACACCUGCGGAAAAUCGUUUACUAAAUCAUCAAAUCUUAAACGCCACAUAAUCACACACACGGGUGAGAAGCCCUACAUCUGCAAAACAUGUGGAAAAAGUUACACAGAACGUUCCAACCUGGUGGUUCACUCAAGGACCCACACUGGCGAAAGGCCGUACAUGUGCAACACCUGCGGAAAAACCUUUACUAAAUCAUCAAAUCUUAAAAGCCACAUAACCACGCACAAGGGCGAGAAGCCCUACAUCUGCAAAACAUGUGGAAAAAGUUACAGGCUACGUUCCCAGCUAGUGAUUCACUCGAGGACCCACACUGGCGAAAGGCCGUACCUGUGCAACACCUGCAGCAAAACCUUUACUAAUUUAUCAGAUCUUAAACGCCACAUAACCACGCACACGGUCGAGAAGCCCUACAUCUGCAAAACAUGUGGAAAGAGUUACAGGAUACGUUCGUACCUGGUGGCUCACUCGAGGAUACACACCGGUGAAAGGCCGUUCGUGUGCAACACCUGCGGAAAAACCUUUACUAAAUCAUCAAACCUUAAAAGCCACAUAACCACGCACACGGGCGAGAAGCCCUACAUCUGCAAAACAUGUGGAAAAAGUUACAGGCUACGUUCCCACCUAGUGACUCACUCGAGGAUCCACACCGGCGAAAGGCCGUACCUGUGCAACACCUGUGGAAAAACCUUUACUGGGUCAUCAGUUCUUAAACGGCACAUAACCACGCACACGGGCGAGAAGCCCUACAUCUGCAAAACAUGUGGAAAAAGUUACAGGCUACGUUCCCAACUAGUGAUUCACUCGAGGAUCCACACCGGCGAAAGGCCGUACCUGUGCAACACCUGCGGAAAAACCUUUACUGAAUCAUCACAUCUUAAACGGCACAUAAUCAUGCACACGGGGAGAAGCUAUAUUAGUGCAAGACCUCUCGUCCUCAGCUCCGGGGGAGCCCCGCUCCCCGACUGGCAACCGCGGCCUGAAAAAGCGAGCCCGAGUCGCCCCAGGUGUCCCGCUACGGGGCCUGCCGCCGUGCAGGUCUGA